AUGGCAGCUCUCGGGAAAUCCUCGUUAUUUUGCAGGUGUCUGAUCUCAUCAAAAGUGAUCAGGGGUUCCAAACAAUUAUCACAGGAUACCGCCAUCAGACAUGGACUCGUGGGCAUGGUUGGAAGAACACCACUGAUCCGGUUGAAUAAGCUCAGUGACGAAACAGGUUGCGAGAUCCUGGCCAAAGCAGAGUUCUGUAACGGUGGAGGCUCCGUGAAAGACAGGGCAGCAUUGUUCCUCAUUAAGGAUGCUGAAGAAAAAGGUCUAUUAAAACCGGGAGGCACGGUGGUAGAAGGAACAGCCGGAAAUACUGGGAUCGGACUAGCACACAUUUGUCUUGCUCUCGGUUACAAAUGUGUCAUUUACAUGCCAAAUAACCAAUCACAGGCCGAUAGAUAUGCACAAAGUCUCAGUAACGCCGUAUGGACUAACCAGUUUGACAACACAGCCAAUAAAAGGGCCCAUAUAGAGACUACUGGACCAGAGAUAUGGCAACAGACGGAUGGAAAGGUGAACGCUGUAGUAUUCGGUACUGGAACUGGUGGUACGCUUGCAGGUGUUGGUACCUACCUCAAGGAAAAGAAUCCCGGUAUACAGGUGUUCCUGGCCGACCCUCAGGGAAGUGUCCUGUGCAGCUAUAUUAAACAUGGAACACUAGAGAGGUCAGAGGGAAGUUCCAUAGCAGAGGGCAUAGGUCAAGGUCGAGUGACCAACAAUCUAAAGGACGCACCCAUUGAUGACGCAAUGACGAUACUGGACACUGAUGCAGUUGCCAUGACAUUUCGGCUGCUUCACGAAGAGGGUCUGUUCGUGGGGGCUUCGACAGGGCUAAACGUGUCCGCAGCACAACAGGUAGCCAGACGCAUGGGACCUGGCAACACUAUUGUCACAUGUCUAUGUGAUACCGGUCAGCGAUACUACGGGAAACUGUUUAGUAGAAAAGUUCUUGCCGAAAGAGGUCUAUUAGACUGCAUCCCUGAGGCAUAUCAACGAUCACUUCAUUAA